AUGUGUAGUCUGUGUAAGAGCAAUUUUCUAAAGCGAGUCGGACCUGAGAUGUCCAGACGACGCCAGACCCGGGCCCGGAGGCCUCGUCGUUUCAAUUAUUGUGCGCCGGCGCUUCUCGGCCUGCAGUCUUUGCAAAAGAAGCCAAGCCCUGUGCGCUUCCGCCGCCCCACGGUGGACCUUGGGACUCUGCAAUCUUGGCAAAGUCGCCUCUCGUGGCUCGAAGUCGAAGGUAGCGGGCCCGGUGGAGGCUUCCGGCUGACGAUGCCUGGGUCGGAGGAAGAUGCCGUACCUGUCCCAACGGCAUCCAGGGAAGACAACCUCGCGUAUGACCUCAAGAACAUGGCGGCCUACGACAUCUCGCCCAUGUCUUCCGGGAUGGAUGUUGCAGCCUACAGCCGAGAUUCUGUUCAGCUCCUGAUCAACAAGCUCUUCCUGCUGCCGAGGACGCAGGGUGAGGAAGGGACGAUGGUGUCACUUCCUGCAGAGGACACAUUCCGGCUACCCCGGUCAAAGCCUAUACCGAAGGAGAAGCCGAAGACAAGGUGGCAAAAGUUCAUGGAGGAGAGGAACAUGAAGAAGCGGAAGCGAAGUCGGCUCGUGUGGGACGAGAUCGAAGGGGACUGGAAGCCUCGCUGGGGUUACAAGAGCAUCAAGAAGUCUGAGGACAAGGCGAACUGGGUGCACGAGGUUGGUCAGCACGAGGAUCCCAACGAGAAUCCCUUCGACAAAGCCAAGGCGGAGCAAAGACUUGUGAAAGCCCGACAGAAGAUGCGGGAAGUUCGAAACCAAGUGGAGGCUGCCGGAGGCAAACUUCGCGCCUCAGUGCCAGAUCUCGUUGGCAGCCAGAAAAGAGGGAAGGAUGGGCUAAGGGAGGCUGUGAAACGAGCACAGGUGUCGUCUGCCUCCUACGGCAAAUUUGACAGGAUAGCGCCGAACGAGGCUACAAACUUGCAGCCCACGCGCAAGAAGGGCAUUGCGCCUGUCAGCAGCAACGCUGAGAAGGACAGCUACCUGAAGACAGUAGGUCGCGUGCUGUCCGGCGAUGGCUACAUCGACAAACACAAGGCCGCGAAGGUUGGCGUGACGCGGGAGCGCCGCAACGACGCAGCGGACCCAAGCGUUCGAUUCGACGUGUUUGGUGCCUCGGUCGGAGAGGCCACAGUUCGUGAACAGGUCUGCUCAAGAGCACCUGAUGUGGGGUACAUACAGGAAAAGGUGAAUCCGGUGUUGGAGGCGCUGGUGACUGCAGUUCUUCUGGAGCGCCCCGACGACCCUUCCUUUUUCAUGCUUAGGUGGCUCUGCGAGCAGACAAAGUCCUUAGAUGGUCCAGAGCAGGGCGGCGGCCAGCGGGCCAGCUCCAUUGCCGAGGAGGCGCUAAGCCCGGCCUGCCAAUCUGGGGCCGGAGCUGCACAGAAGCGACCUCUCUCCCUUUUGCCUCGAGCGUGCUAUCACGGAUAG